AUGUCGAAACUUAGAAUACCUCCUGGUAAGGAACCUCUGGUGAAGAGAAUUGGUAUCGCUUUGGUACUUUUCCUGUCCACCUUCUUCCUCUACUCUACUGUUUCUGGCGGUGAGUUCUUCCACUCUGGCAAGCCUGUGAAGGGUGCUUCUACUGCUAUCACGGGUAACACUGGUUACAAGUACACUUAUGCCGACGAGGACGGCCAUUACCCAGAAAGCAAGAAGGUUAGAGCUACUUUCGUGACUUUGGUCCGUAACAAGGACUUGUGGGAACUGCUGCCAACGAUCAAGAACGUCGAAGACAGAUUCAACCGCCAUUUCCACUACGAUUGGGUGUUCCUUAACGAUGAGCCCUUCACUCAGGAAUUUAUCACCACCACCACUGCUAUGACCUCUGGUAAGACCAAAUACGGUCUAAUCCCUCGUGAGCACUGGUCCUACCCUGAAUGGAUCGACCAGGAAAAGGCCAGACUCACCAGAGAAGAAAUGAAGAAGCAAAAGAUUAUCUACGGUUUCUCUGAGCCUUAUAGACAUAUGUGUCGUUUCGAGUCCGGUUUCUUCUACAGACAAAAAGUCCUUGAUGAGUACGAAUACUACUGGCGUGUGGAACCUGGUACCAAGUUGCACUGUGAUGUCAAUUACGAUGUCUUUAAGUUCAUGAAGGACAACGGUAAGAAGUACGGUUUCACCGUCUCUUUGUUGGAAUACGAAGCAACCAUCAAGACCUUAUGGCAAACCACUGUUGAAUUUAUCAAGAAGUUCCCACAACACUUGGCAAAGAACAGCAUGUUGGAUUUCAUCUCUGACGACCAAGGUGAGUCUUACAACUUGUGCCAUUUCUGGUCCAACUUUGAAAUCGCCUCCUUGGACUUAUGGAGAGGUGAAGCCUACAGUGCUUACUUUGAUUACUUAGACCAUGCUGGUGGUUUCUUCUACGAGAGAUGGGGUGAUGCUCCAGUUCACUCAAUUGGUGCUGCGUUGUUCUUGGACAGAGAUGAAAUUCACCACUUCGGUGACUUGGGAUACUACCAUCCUCCUUUCCAUGCUUGUCCAAUUGACGAAAACAUCAGAUUAUCUAACAGAUGUGAUUGUCAUCCAAACAAGGACUUUACUUGGGUGCCAUACUCUUGUGCUCUAAAGUACUACAACGUUAACAAGUUGACAAAGCCACUUGGAUGGCAAGAGCACGUUGGCAUGAAGGUCUGA